UCAGUCUGUCAAUGUCAAAGUCCGCCCCGCAGUAUUGUCAAAAUCCUUGUGUGACGCAUUUAUGUCGUAGAAUUGAUCUGAUUGUCGUAACGUAUUUACGACACAACUUACACUGAUUUUACGACAUAACUCUUCCGAAAUGGACUAAAAUUAAAGAAAAUAUAAUAUAUGGACAAUUUUUUUUUUUUAAUUCGUUACUUUUCACAGCCUAUUUAAUUAACUAUUUGUCAAAUCCUUUACUACUAUAAGUAAUGAUAUCUCUAGACCCUUUAAAUCUAGAUGAUGAUCAUCCGAAGACUGAUAAAUCAUUAAUUAAUAAUGAUGAUUAUGUCGAUAUAACUGAACAAGUAUUUAAUUCCUUAUCACUUAUAACCAACAAUAAAGUGGUUAAAUCCGAUUAUUUUAAUCUUCUUGAUGGUACGAGAGCUCUUGAGGUUCUUAAUCCCAAAUUAGAUACUGGAUUAAUUCAAUUAUCCCAAAUCGAAUUGGAAUUCGAUACUUCUGCCCCACAAUCUCUUGAUCAAAUUAUUUCAAUAAAUAAUAGACUGAUUAUAUUACUUAUGAGUUGGUUAAAUCAUAGUUCUCUUCCAGUUACUGUGUUGAGCAAUCGUUACAUCCUGAUUUUGUUGGACAAUUAUACUCUCAGGAGAAGUCCAUAUAUUGAUCUCUUAGAUCAUUUUUCAUUUUCGGAAAAGAGAUUACCAAAUAAUUCUACAUCUAUAUCUACAUCUACUGAUAAGUCAUCAACAUUUGAAUAUCAAUUAGUACACCGUGCAUUAAAAAUAUUUUCUAUUGGAUUAACUAAAUUCAUUGGUAUUUGUUUGAAAGUGGGUCAGGAUUCCUUAUAUGAAGAAGAAGACUUAACAAUGCGCAAUAUGAAUCUUGAUUUCUUAAUGGAUGUUGAUCCAGAUGAAAUAAUUGAACAUAUAGAAACAACCAUAGAAUGGUUACUUUCUGAAUCUCAAUCUCAUACAGGUGUUGAUAUCCUAGUAUCACAAUUGAAUUUGAUAAAAUGUUUAAUUCAGUUAAUACUUAUCUUUGAACAUCGUUCUCAACUCUUUGAUCCAACAAAUGAAGUGACUCAUCUCACUUCUAUAUUCAAUCGAGCACAAGAGCAAAUCUCCUUUUUACGUGUUCAAGAAUAUGGCAAUACUGUUGAAGGAUCAUUUUCAAAAUUUGUUCAAUUAGAUAUGGAUAAUAAAAAUAUACCUAGUGAAAUCUACCAAAUCCCCUCAUCACAAGCAUGGGAUAGCUUAUCAACCUUAUUUUCCAAUAUUUCUAUGUAUGUCAAGCUUUCCAAUUCCACAAGUUCGUUCAUUCAAUUCGAAAAUUUUCUAAGAUUUGAUAUUGCCAAUCAAAUUGAGGACUUUAAUGUUAUUGCAAGAGGAUUCUUUCAAUUAUACUUGGUGAGAGAUGAUAAAUCUAUACUUGGUAGUUUUGACACUCUAACAUUAACAGAUUAUGUGUUUGAACUGAUUUCAGCAGUGGUGGGUCCUAAUUCAACUAUUCUUCGUUUAAAUGAUGAUAAAGAUGUUAAUUCUCAAAAACAAGAUGAUUGGUUCGCAUUAGUAGGAGAGUUGGAGAAUGCACUAUAUCAAAAUCUAUGCAUUGUCGCCCAUAAUCCAUGUCGACAACAACAACUUACAUCAAGAGCACUCUUGGUAUGGGAUACUCUUCAAGUUUCAUGGGAAUCAUUUGAACUAGAUAUCUAUUCAACCCUCCAAAUUGGUGAUGAUUUAGGUUCAGAGCCAGCAUUACCUAUAAGUUCAUACAUUUACUAUACUAAACUCAAUCUUAUGAUUGACCUUGCAUUGAAUGGGACUGCCUUAGAAUUAUAUCAAGAUUUUGAAAUUUACGUUAUUUAUUGGUAUAGUAACUACCUUAUAAAUCUACUUAUGGAGCUUUUAUCAACUAGAAUAGCUACAAUCAUUACUAAUAAAAUUCAUUAUAUUGAAAAAGUUCAUCCAAAGAAGAUCAAAAAAGUUAAAGCUGGUCCUAAAAAGGAAAACCUUAAGAAUCAACAUCAAAUCAAUACUCAGAAGCAUUUACCAUAUUUAUUGACUAUUCAAAAAUAUCAUAAUGAAUACCUCCUUAAAUAUUGGGCAGCACUUAGUAAUUUAUUAGAAAGUAUUUCAUUUUACCUUAUCGUUCUUUCAGCAUACAAGUUGAUUCCUGUAUUUGAAUCUGAAUUGAUCUUUAAAUCGAGAUUAAAGCCUUGGUCAAGUAUUGGUAUACCAAAUCUUCCUACAUUCCAACAAUAUAAUAAUUCACUUAAAUUUGAUAAUUCAGAACCUGAGAAAUCAAUACUGAUUUUGAAUCAUAUUAAGACCAAAAUUGAUAGUUCAAUUCAACAGUAUAAGAAUCUUAUUGAUAAUCUUAAAUCUUCUGAAGGAAUCUCUGAAUUUUGGGUAGAUACUACUCAAGUGAUUAAAUGGUAUGAGGAUAUCUUAAAGACUUCAAUUGGUUAUUCACUUGAAAUAUCUCAAUUCACCAAUAUAGUCAAAGAAUCUAAAACUAAUGACUUAUCUACCUUGUACAAAGUUAAUAUAUCUAAGGGAUAUCACAAACAAUUCCCAAAGAUUACAGUUAAAGCUAAAUAAUGUAUAUAGAAUUCAUAGCCUAUCAUAUAAUAAA